AUGACAACAUGGUUUUGGAUCCUUGGCUGGUUUCUUACAAUCCUUACCAUUACAGGGAACGGCCUCAUUAUCUUCCUGAUUUGUAAGCGAAAGCAGCUUCGCACCAAAACCAACGCGUUUGUGGCGUCAUUAGCUGUGGCUGAUUUCUGUGUUGGGAUGACUGUUGUUCCUGUGUUAUUCAUCUUUAAGGAAACAGUUUCCGAAACUGAACUAUCAAACAAGGUCCAGCUCUAUGUGAGGUUGUUUUUUGUGAGGGCGUCAGUCACGAAUUUAUGCAGUCUGGUGUUAGAUCGCUUCGUGGCCGUCGUGAAACCAUUUAAAUACUUGACAUUUAUGACGCGUAGCCGAGUAAUUCAAAUAGUUUUCUUGUCAUGGGCCUUUCCAACAAUUUUUAUCACAGUGAGAGCAUCUCUCCUCUUUGCCUUCCAAGUGCGACACCUCGAUAACAUCUUCAAUUGGUUAGACACAUUCAAUUUUAAACUCGUCCCCUGUGUCAUUUUAGUCUUCUGCUUUGCAUGUAUGCUAACUAUUAUUUGUAAGCACCAUCGAAAAAUGCGUACUCUUGUAAAACAAAUACGUUCCAACACAACCGUUUUCUUUCGACCUCAAGAAAGCGCCGCCGUUAAAAUAAUGGCCAUCGUUAUUGUGGUGUUUCUGUUGUGCAGCGCAAUCAGGUUCCAUUGCGGGCUCAGUUAUCUUAGCCGCGGUAAUAUCGAUUGUGAUAUUCUUCACGUAAAAAUACUUAUUACAGUUUUAAACUCAGCUGUAAACCCUAUAGCUUAUGCGGUAUAUAAGAGAGACAUUAAAAAAGAGCUUAAAAGAAUAAUAAGAAUGAACUUUUCGGAAUAAAACACAAUUAUGGAGAAUAAUUUUCAAAAUUCGUAAGAAGAGUAGAAAUAGAGAGGAAGUACUUUUCCAAGUUUUUACCUCAGCUGUUUUAACAGCUAAAAGGUUAAAACCUUUUAUCUUAUGCGAUAUGAUAGAAUUCAAGAAAGAGCUUAAAAGAAUGAACUUUUAAAAAUGACUCUACAAUCAUAUAGAAUAAAUUGAACAUUGGUUAAUAGAGUACAAAUGGAGAGAAAAUACUUCUUUAAGUUUUUAAUUCAGCUGUGAAGCCUAAAGUUAAUGCGUCAUUUAAGAGAGACAAAGAUGGAGCAAAUCGAUUGAUCAUUUCAACCUUUCCACUCCUAAGAUCUCAUAAGUAAUUCUCCCUGCCGUCUGUCAUACAAUUUUUAGAAUAUUACUUCAGAGAGUGUAAUGUUGGAUCAACUAAUAAAUCCUUAAUUGAUAUCACAUGACAUUGUUUACGAUUUUUUUGACAACUCUUCAGGCGAAGGACACGAACACGAAUAUAUGAACAGGGAUAUAUAUAUGAUAUAUAUUUUGUUGUUCUCAUCACUUGACUGUUUGAUAUCGUAAAGAGGAAAUUCUGUCUCGGUCACUCAUUGGAGUAAACAAUUGAGGACAAUUUUAUGAACAGUCAUAAGAGUCGGUCUACUUAACGUACACAAAUGAUUUCACUUCUAAGAGUGAAGCAAAUUUUCAUUUUCAAGGAGAUUCAGCGACCGCAAAGUAAAACUAAUGAUAGGAAAAAGCAAACAGAUUGUUAAAAUAAUUCCAAGCGAAUCAUGUUUAUUAAAAUCUUAAAGGAGCGACAGCUUCACACAUUUCAGUGAGCAGUUCGUUAGGCAGCUACAGAAAAUUUUACAAGGUGUUGGGAAUAUGUUCCCUUCCAAGCUUAUACUAAGCCAAGACUACAUAAAUGGGAUAAUUGAGUCUUUCAGCUGCAAUUAAUAUUGGUUUUCGCAUCUGUUUGUCUUCUGAUCUUAGAGCCUUUUUGCGACAGUUAACAAUACAAACUUACGAUGUUUCGCUUAAGACAGCUGAAUUAUAGAGGAGUUUUGCUGCAGAAGUGCUUUAAUAGAUUUCAUGCGCAUUUCGUAAUGUUGUUGCUUAAAAAGCUUUCGUGCACGGCAGAAAAGUCUAUCGGAAUAGUUAUGGUCCUCAUCUCUUUUUAACCAUCAUCGUCUCUCAGCGACAUUUCUCUGAGGAAUUUCAUUAAAAAAUAUGAGCUCACGCUCUCGUGCGUUUGGCCAAACUCGGGUUUGAGUUUGGCAAAGUCACCGUCAAGACAUUGCCGGGUUCCAACAACUUUGGCUCGACGUUGCCUCCUAACCGACACAAAAAAAGUUAUGUAAAUCAUUCCCACACGAGACAAACUGAUGAAUAGAUAUUCCAGAGAAUCAUCACAAAGGAUACCUUAACAAGUUCACUCUUUUUCAUUUGGUGUGAAUCUUAAUCUUGAGAUUCCAUUUCACCCGGUGGAGGACUCUGUCUCGUUUCCAUAGACAAAAGGUCCAGUUUCAAGUACUGAGCAUGCGCACGGGCUUUGGCGACGGAAAUUCGUGCCUUACAAAGAAAUAAUUAAGAUAUUCCAACAAAACUUUCAUGUAGGAGUCGGUUGUUAGACAGGUGUUUAGACCUUAAACAGGGUUAGAAUUAAAUCGUUUUAACCUUUUUCGCAUACAAAUGUGAAGUAUAUUUCUGCCAACUACGUCUUAUGGGGUUUAGUCCAAGGUAGGCCAAGCUGAGGGCGACAAAAUAUAAACAACAAAGACUUUUCACAAGCUAUCAAUUCAAAAAAAAAAAAUUACUCUAACACCAGCUUAGCUUAAUCUUGUUUUGAAUUUGGCAUUUGCACAUUUGUACAAUAUGUAAAUUAAGGGUGACUUAGGGCCUGUUAUUUACUGAAACAAAGUUUGACCGUUGUUCGACAAAACUGCGUUCUAAACUUUAAAUCUUCAAUUAAGCCGCACCUUUCACCAGAACAGUUAUUUCUGCGAACAGUGUUAAGAGGGCCGAAAGCUUGUAGUAGAAGGACGUUUAUUCAAUUUACCUAAGCAACCCUCUCACAGAGAAUACCCAAGGCCCACUGAUUGCGUAUAACCGCCGUAUGGGUUAGACCUACUUUAAAUAACCGGCCCAAAGAGUUUAACCCAUUGUUAGCGGCUAAACAGGGGCCAAUGACCAAAUAGGCUUGGCCGGACCUACCUAGAAUUUUUUAGAUAUAUUUUGGGGACCACGGUUUUAGCUAAGAAUUUUCAAAUUUGAAAAAAUUGAAGAGGUUUUUACAGAUGAUGCCUGGAAAGCAGUUGGCAAAUUAGGUAAGGAUGGCUCAUGUACUUUACAGAAAACGCGGUUUAUGUGAUACCCAUUCUUUCUUAAAUUUAAGUGGUAUAAAUACCUUGUCUAAAACAAUAGUGUGAUACAAUAGCAAACGCGAUAUACAGGUUCCAAAAUAGCGUCAUGUGAACGGCCUUCAUUAAUUUUAGACCAAUUUUUAUAAAUUAAUUUUACUCUUUCUUGUAAUAGCCGAAAAACGGUUCGAAGAUUGGUUGUGCCAUCACUGCAAACAGUCUAGGUACUUCGACAUGAUUCAACGCGAGAGUUACUUCCACUGGUUUGACUGGUAAGACGUUUUUUGAUUGUUUGUUUGUUUUGUUUUUCCCUUUCUUAGGUCUAGCGGAGUUGCUAGAAAUUACGAAGCAAAAUUAAAGUAAUCCGCGACUUUCUUCCUUGAGGUGUUGUGCAAAAAUAGAUGAGCAGCCCGAUGAAUGGAUUUGUCCUUCAUGUGAACAAUUAUCCCAGAAAAUCAGUUUUCCACGAAAAAAAAAAAACUCUCAGCUACACGCAUGCUACUCCAGUCUCUGAUCGACCUUGCUGAACUAGAAAGACUCUACCUUCUUUUUGUUAUGUAUGUUUGACACAUUGGUGUUUUCACACUGAUAUUUCAUUGUUCCGCCUCGAGACACACGGUUGAACAAUACUCACGAGCAAGGAGUUGAGAUAUAACUUAUUAACUUUUACUACUUUUAUCAUCCAAUUACAGGUCGGAGCCAUUCCUGUAUUUAGUCGCUAGUCGAGAAUUAUUCACUCACAUGUAAUCAGUUGUACCCGUCCCAAGACAGUUAUUGAAUGAACGAAGACCUCGUGCAAAAAUUAAAUACACAAGGGCCACCAUUUUUGCUAGUAUUACUAAAUAAUUUCAAAGUCUUAUCUUUGCAAUAUCCACUAAAAAUUCAGUGAUUCCAGUGUCUUAUCUUGACCAAUAUCUUUGUUCUUCCAUUCGUCUGACAACAUUCGUCUUCUUCAAAGUAGAAAAUAUGUUGGUGAUUAGGGAAUGCUUACUUUAAUAAGAAAAAUAGCGAAAGCAAAAUUUUGUGUAAUUGCUUUGCUCUUUGACUCAAUAACAGAAGACGGGAAAGUACCAAAAUUUCAAAAUGUUAAUUAAAGUGAAGCCACCGAGGGAAAGAGUCAUAACAACUCCACGUGGCUGUAUUCAAAUACAAAAUGAAGUCCCCAAUACAUUUAACAAGCAAAACAAUUUUCUUCGAGAGUUUCGCCAAAACUAUUUUACAGUCAUUGGCUCAGCUUUUCUUAAAGUCAACUCCCUAAUUCAGUCGAAUUUCGAAUUGAAGAGCCGCUCAGACCAAGCAAACAAUUCAUGCUACGUCAUUGAACCGAGAUGAUACGACUCGUUUAGAUCUUAUCAAGGAGCCAAGGUGACUAUUUUCCAAGGGCAAUGUUCACCUGUUGCUUUUGUGACAUGAAAGUGCUUUCGUUGCUUUUUUACAGGUCCAGCGUCUUUUUCCUUCCAGAGCACAAUGUUAUGUUAAGCACAGCAGACAAUACGUCUUCACUCUGCGAUGGACAGCUGGUUUGCUGAAAAUAUAACAGCUUCUGAUGAAUAUGGAUUAACAACUGCGGCUGCUACGUCGCACAUUUGGUUCGGAAUUCUGUUUGCACGCUCAAUCAGCUAAUCAAGAAUCAAGCUAAAUGAAGGCAUUGUGAGUGACGGAUUGGCAUGUGACAAGAGGAAAAAAUUCACAGUUACUCUAUGACAAGGAAAUUACUCUGAUAAUUUUAGAGAACUAAUUUUAGAGCUAGUUUGGGAGACCAAUAUCAUUAAAAGCAGUAGAUCUCUGAGAUGAAUAAAGAAAUAUUCAAUAUUCAAUUAGAAAGUACACGAAGAAAUGAAAAGUUGUUCGUUUUCCUCUUACGGAGGGACUAUAAAAUAAAAAAAAAAGAACGGAAAAUGAUGAUGAUGCUUUGUAUUAACGGUGAAGGAAGAAACAUGAAGAAUUUAACGUAUUAUUCCUCUCUCAUGAAGGAUUAACGAGAUUGAAAGUACGCAAGAUGAUUUCAAAGCUCUGUCGUUCUAUAACACAAGGAGAAAGCGGCAUGAACCCUCAGUUACUUCUUAUUGAGAAAGUGACCAGCGUACGGCGCAUCAAGCUGCAGUAGUCCUAACAGUUAGAAAUGACAAGAGGAAAAAUAAAGGAAAAUAAAUUUGAAAGGUUGUUGAGGAAGAUGUUCAUUCAUCUUGUCUCGAAUGUGAGACGAAGGAAAAAUCAUUUUGAGUCCCCCCGAGACUUUCUGAUUUCGCCCCCUGAUGUUCCACCGAGCCACAGAGACUCCCUGAUGAGCCACGCCAUUAUCAGGUCCAUAUGUGACACGCAUCCUGCUUAUAGCUACAAUACUGUUGUCAAAAGUGAGUGAGAGAGAGACAAGAAGAAUAAUUGAAAAUCUACCUUUAAUUUUCAUUUGGAACGAAUGUUUCCUGAAAUCACACAACAACCUGACGCAAGUCGAUAAGCUGAGUGCAAAACCCGAACUUUCAGGGCAUAUAUAUCAAAUGAAUUAUUUACCGAUGUCUCCAAAGCUAACCUAAAACCUUUAAUUGAGACGUAAAGUAUACCAACUUUUAACAAUUACGAAAAAAAUGUUUGAAAAAAAAGAUUGAAAGCCAAUUCUAAUCUCAGUUCUUUCCUCAGCUAGACAAAAUGUUUGCCACUAUUUUUCGAAAACUUGGGUCAAUUUUUGGAUUAAAAAGAAAAUUGUAGAUAUUCUUCUCACAUCUUAACUAAAAAUAACAAAGCGAGAGUCCUGACACGUGACAUUGUUUACGAUUUUUUUUUAACAAAUCUUCAGGCGAAGGACACGAACACGAAUAUAUAUACAGGAUAUUCAGCAGGCGAAUAUAACUUCCGUAUUCAAGGGCCUUUAAUUUCUCGACAACGAGCAGGACAACAUUUUUAAUCAUCUAGUUGAAACAUGAAAACGUGGUUUUGGAUCUUCGGCUGGUUUCUUUCAAUCCUUACCAUUACUGGGAACGGCCUCAUUAUCUUCCUGAUUUGUAAGCGUAAACAGCUUCGCACCAAAACCAACGCGUUUGUGGCGUCUUUAGCUGUGGCUGAUUUCUUUGUUGGGAUGACGGUUGUUCCUGUGUUAUUUAUCCUAAAAGAAACAGUUUCAAAAACUGAGCUAGCAGAUGAGGUCCAGCUCUAUGUGAGGUUGUUUUUUGUGAGGGCGUCAGUCACGAAUUUAUGCAGUCUGGUAUUGGAUCGCUUCGUGGCCGUCGUGAAACCAUUGAAAUACUUGAUAUUUAUGACGCAUGGCCGAGUCAUUCAAGUGGUUUUCUUGUCAUGGGCCUUUCCGGCAAUUUUUAUCACAGUGAGAGCAUCUCUCCACUUUGCCUUCCAAGAGCGACACCUCGAUAACAUCUUUAAUUGGUUAGACGCAUUCAAUUUUAAACUUGUCCCCUGUGUCAUGUUAGUCUUCUGCUUUGCAUGUAUGCUAACUAUUAUUUGUAAGCACCAUCGAAAAAUGCGUACUCUUGUAAAACAAAUACGUUCCAAUGCACCCGUUUUCUUUCGACCUCAAGAUAGCGCCGCUGUUAAAAUAAUGGCCAUUGUUAUUGGGGUGUUUCUGUUGUGCAGCGCAAUCAGGUUCCAUUGCGGGUUCAGUUCUCUUAGCCGCGGUAAUAUCGAUUGUGAUAUUCUUCGCGUAAAAAUACUUAUUACAAUUUUAAACUCAGCUGUAAAUCCUAUAGCUUAUGCAGUAUAUAAGAGAGACAUUAAAAAAGAGCUUAAAAGGAUGACAAGAAUGAACUUUUCGGAAUAA